AUGUCUUACGACAAUGUAUCAUCACGGGCUACGGCUCUACGACAAGUAGUAAAGCUCAUCCAAGACGCAUCAGAAAUACUGAUCGCCGAAUGGGAGAAUCCAGCACCGGACGCUAUACCGGCCUCUGAAACGACCUUUGCGAUACCUGGGCGCAAGGCUUACGACGCGCAACGAACCGUCAUUGCAGCACUGGGAUCGAUCGAAGAGCUCGUAGCUGAGCCUCAUCUGCGUUUAGUAGACUUUGCCGAGUUGUAUUUUGAGGUUCGAGCACUUCACAUAGCGGUUGAGCAUAAUAUCGCGGUCCUAUUAGACAAGGGAGGAGUGGAUGGAGUAUCCGCCGAGGAUUUAGCCAAGUCAACUGGGCUCGAGAAGAACAAGCUCGCUCGUAUACUGCGAGUCCUGACCACGCAGCAUAUCUUUCGCGAGGUUGCGCCGGGAAAGUUCGCAAAUAAUAGGAUCUCGCAGGCUUUGGCCAACGACGAGAAGCUGCUAGGGCAAGUCAAAUGCAGCUCUAUGGGAUUCGCAGCUGCUUCAGCACUUCCAGAAGCACUUAAGGACCCUAUCCGAGGACCGAGCCAUGAUCCGGAACUCGCAGCCUGGCCAUUGGCCGUGGGCACGGAACUUCCGUUCUUCACGUGGAUGAACGAGAAAGUUCCUCGUUCGCGAGCGGCACUGGAUAAAGCAAGUCCUGGCGCUGCAAGAGGCCCAUAUCAAAAAGUAGAAGCAUUACCCGGUGAGGAGUUGGUCCCGAAGGACGACGCGCAAACCUACAACUUGUACUUAGCUGGCAACAGUAAGAGCUUAGGCAGUGCGACCUUAUAUGACUUCCCCUGGAAGGAAUUGGGAAACGGUUUAGUUGUUGACGUCGGAGGCGGUGUCGGUAGUUUUGACCUUCAGCUAGCCCGCCUGUAUCCAGAAUUACGGUUUGUCGAGUUCCCCGAAGCUCUAGAGUCGGGACGGGUACAGUUCGUGGCGCACGACUUUUUCAAGCCGAAUCCCAUCAAGGAAGCCGACAUAUACUGGAUGCGCCAUGUCCUACAUGACUGGAAUGACGAGGAUUGCGUCGAGAUUCUUCUGAAUACCGCCGGGUCCAUGGGCCGUGACUCGCGGCUACUUGUUGCCGAUAUUACUUUGACUGAAACAAUAGGAGACCCGUAUAUCAAGCCAGCCCCUAAGCCCCUGUUAGCCAAUUACGGGGUUCAUGUUCAUCACGGGUUCGCCUUGGACAUAGCCAUGAUGUCUUUGAUGAACGGCAAAGAGCGAACACCUUCGGAAUUCCGAGAGCUGUUCGAGAAGGCAGGACUGAAAAUGGUUAAAGUGUGGGAAUGCCGUAGCAGCUUGGGAAUAAUGGAAUGUUGCUUGGCAUAA